GCUGCGUCAAAAGUUCAUGGCGUUGCUCCCUACUUUUUUAGACGUCUCUGGAGCUUUAUGCUUGACAUGUUCUCUACAAGAGCAUAUGGAAUUUGAAAGGAGAAUGCGAGAUGUGGAUUGUGAAAGCGAGCUCGAACCCACAUCCCAACCAGGCUUUUUGAGUUGCUGAUCAGCUUCUUCUGACGAGGCGGCUGUGCAUUUAAUCCUGCAAAAGCCCCGCACCUGACUCAAUUCAGCAGCAUGGCUUCCUGGAGAAGUUUCUGCAAGCAUCUGAGCGGAAGCGCACAAAUCUUGGGGCAGGUUAGGCAGCUCAGCGAAGGUGGUCAACAUGGCUUCUUCGCCAGGGGGUCCUUGCGGCGGUGGUUCGGCUCGGGGGCUUCCCUUGAUGGCAAAACCGAGUCUCAAAAGGCCUGGGAGCAGAAGGCCAGGAAAGAGUGCAAGGGGGAGGAUCCUUAUACAAAGCUGGCGCACGACUCACAAGAGGGCUUUCUGUUAAAGCCCGUAUACACCAAGUCGGACGUCCCCCCCGAGGCCUGGGAAGAGUUGCCGGGAGUCUGGCCCUAUACACGGGGUCCCUAUGCCAGCAUGUAUACACAGAGGCCCUGGACGAUCAGGCAGUACGCAGGAUUCAGCACGGCCGAAGAGUCCAACGCGUUCUACCGCCGCAACCUCGCAGCCGGGCAAAAGGGUCUCUCCGUCGCAUUCGACCUCGCGACGCAUCGCGGGUACGACUCAGACCACCCUCGUGUCCUGGGUGACGUCGGCAUGGCGGGCGUGGCGAUCGACAGCGUUGAAGACAUGAAGGUUUUGUUCGAAGGGAUCCCCCUGGACCAAAUGAGCGUUUCGAUGACCAUGAAUGGGGCGGUCCUGCCGGUGCUGGCGAUGUAUAUCGUAGCGGCCGAGGAGCAGGGCGUGAAGUCGAGCCAGCUGUCGGGUACUAUCCAGAACGACAUCCUAAAGGAGUACAUGGUGCGCAACACGUACAUCUACCCCCCCGCGCCGAGCAUGCGCAUCGUUGGUGACAUCAUGGCCUACACUGCGCAGCACAUGCCGCGCUUCAACUCCAUCUCCAUCUCCGGCUAUCAUAUGCAGGAGGCGGGCGCCAAUAGCACUCUGGAGCUCGCCUUCACGAUCGCCGACGGUCUCGAGUACGUGCGCUGCGGAACGGAAUCCGGUCUCUCCGUCGACGCCGUUGCGCCACGGUUCUCCUUCUUCUGGGCGAUCGGGAUGAACUUCUACAUGGAGAUUGCGAAAAUGCGCGCGGGGCGUCGACUCUGGGCGAAGCUGGUUAAAGAGAAGUUCAACCCGGUUAAGGAGCAGUCUAUGGUGCUGAGAACCCACUGCCAAACGUCGGGUUAUAGCUUAACUGAGCAGGACCCAUAUAAUAACAUAGUUAGGACGACGGUCGAGGCGAUGGCAGCGGUUAUGGGCGGGACGCAGUCGCUGCACACCAACUCGUUCGACGAGGCGCUCGCGCUGCCUUCGGAAACGUCGGCGAGGAUUGCAAGGAACACGCAGCUGAUCCUCCAGGAAGAAACGGGUAUCACCAGUGUGGCGGACCCUUGGGGGGGGUCGUUCUUCAUGGAGGCCCUUACUGCAAAGCUGGAACAGCAAGCACUGGAAGUGAUUAUCGAAGUCGAAGCAAAGGGGGGAAUGACGGCAGCCAUUCAGUCGGGGAUGCCGAAGCGGCGAAUCGAGGAGUGCGCGGCCCGAAAGCAGGCCCGGAUAGACAGCGGCCAGGAGGUGAUUGUCGGUGUGAAUAAGUACCGGCUGCCAACUGAAGAGAAAGUCGAGGUGCUGUCGAUUGACAACAAAGCGGUGCUGGCCAGCCAACUAGAGCGGCUAGAAAAAGUAAGGGCGUCGCGGGACGGGGAGAAAGUGCAAGAGGCGAUGGACCGACUGACGGAGGCUGCAGCGUCUCCAGACCGCUCCGCCCACAAUCUGCUCGCGCUCACCGUCGCGGCAGCGCGCGCGCGAGCCACCGUGGGCGAAAUAAGCUAUGCGCUCGAGAAGGUGUUCGGGCGGCACCGCGCGGACAGCUCCGUCGUAUCCGGAGCGUACAGUACAGCCGUUGGCGAGGGGGGCGACGAAGAGAUGGAGAAAGUGCGGGAGCUUGUCGCCCAUUUUGCGGACGCGGAGGGGCGGAACCCACGGAUACUUGUCGCGAAGAUGGGUCAAGAUGGCCAUGAUCGGGGCGCCAAGGUGAUCGCGACCGGGUUAGCGGACCUGGGUUUCGACGUCGACAUCGGACCGCUUUUUUCGACGCCCGAGGAGGUGGCGCGUCACGCCGUGGAAGCGGACGUGCACUGCGUGGGGAUAAGUAGCCAGGCGGCGGGGCACCGGACGCUCGUACCACAACUUGUACAGGCGCUUAAAGACCAGGGUCUUGCUGACGUCCUCGUGGUGGUUGGUGGUGUCAUCCCCCCCGACGACUACGACUUCCUCUACCAGUCGGGUGUCGGGGCCAUAUUCGGCCCGGGGACUCGCAUUCCGGCUGCUGCUCAGGAUAUCCUGUCCAAGAUCAAGCGACAAGAGCCAGAAAAACAAGAAGCGACUGGAUGAUUCAUCCGACUAGGAUGACGUCCUUGUCCCAGUUGCGAAUUGUCACCACUUGUAAAGUGUUUCUUCGCGUUGGCGGCUUCGAUCCUCUAGAGCUAGUCAGCCUUUCAACUAGUUUGAUUUGGAGGGUGACGUCAACUUUGACCCUUAGCAGCCUACCGAAAGGUCUGAGUUUGUGCGAGGCAGAGCGAUCGAGAGACUAAACUGGCAUGCAGAGGAUAUGCACGAGUGUAAAUAGAUCGGCACCAAGUAUGAGCUAGCGCGUCCCGUGACGGUUCGAACAUUUGGAGCCGACUGCAUCGACAAAUUUCCAUCAUGAUCUGUGCAUGACCUCUGCAGUUGAAAGCGGGUGUCUGGUCGAAUAUUACGGCAUGAUGCCAGCUAGCUUUCCGG